AUGUUGAAUCCGUUUCAGAUAAGAGGUCUUCACGGAUCUCCGUCCUUACAGGAGGCGAGCGAGCCUGCAGCUCCCAGUGAGCAUAUCGGUUCCGGAGACGACCAUCUUAUAGUAGAAGACCGCCUCGGCCCUCAAAACCGUGCUGCGUUGGUCCAGCUGUCUACAUCAGAAUAUGACGAUAUCGCAACGAACCAUCCUCGCGCUCGAUUAACCUAUCUUGAUGAAGAUGACGGGGAUCUUAUUACAGUUGGAUCUUCUCUCGAGCUCUCUCAGCGUCUAGAAGAACCCGCUUCUACUUCCGUCCCGUUUACCGACCCCGGUCCUGUUCACAUCUUUGACAUUCGCCGUUCAAACUCGGUUACGGAGCUGUGGAGGAAAUAUGAAACCGGCUCGCGCCCGCAGAACGCAGAUAAUGUGGCCGUUAUCCAACCCGGCCUGGCUGAUGCGGAUGCGUCGCAGGCACCUGCAGAAGAGCAAUCCAGCUCAACUAAUAACAAUGCAGCGCCUGCACCAAGGACAGAACCCGAACCACUCAUGGCCGCAUUUGAAGCCGAAAUGGCUAGGAUUCUACACGACUCUAAUGCUGCAGUCUCUGCACAGGCAGACACUCCUCCCCAGCCAGAACCGACGCCGAAUGGAACGAGAUCUCCCAGAGGUCAAACCCCGGGGGAUGCUGUUCUCCAUACCAUAUUCAACUUGCUCGACGGGGCCGAGACGGUCAGUGCUGGCGUGAGAUCACGAUUCCCGGAACUAGAGCAGCAGCUACAGAAUGCUCAACGAGCCCUUCCUGGACAAGUCGGAUCCUCCGUUCAGGUUGCCCUCUCGACGUUGGAACUUCAAGCAAGAAAUCUUGUUGGCGCUAUCAAUAAUGCCUCUACGGCAACCGGUCAGAGAGCUGAGAAUGUCCUUCAAAGCGAGUGUCCGGUGGCCGCCAAUACGGUACAGAGUCUGCGUUCUAUGGCCUCUGAACUUGGCAACAUGGGGCAGUCUCUGUUCGAAACCUUUGAAUCCGAGUUCGGUCGCAAUCGGUCCAGGUGUCAGGGCCGGACAUACUCAGGAGAGAACUCUAUCUCGCCCCGUCCCGAAAAUAGGGAACAAAUCUGGGGCCGUCCGAACGACGCUCCAACCACUGAAAAUACCAAUCAACAGCCGCUGCCCAAUGCUAAUGGCAGAACUGAGGAGGGGGCUGUGGCGAGUAACCCAGGAGAGCCAUUCGGCAAUUUUCAAUCUCACGGACAUGAGCAGAAUGCCACCGUAUCUGACAGCAGGCUUGCUAGCCCGUCAGAGUCACAGCUCCCCACUGGACCCCCGUCGCUGAGACCACAUGAGCUGCUUCAUCCUUCUCAUAAUGACUCGCCACAGAGACCUCCUCAGCAUCCUGCUUAUCCCAAUAUAUAUGAAAGUGUGGCGAAUCGCUUACCUAGCUCCCCGAGUCUGCCUCCGCCUUUUGUCCCGUCUUCCCCCGCUCCGUCACGGCGGUGUGCCCCACCCAGGGAUACCCUGUUCAUCGGUAAUGUCGGCUACAUGGCCAACGCGGACUCCAUUCGCAGCCUUUUUGAAUCGAAAGGCUUCCUCGUGGAUGUAGAGCUGCCAUAUGACGCAAAGACGGGAGAUCACGUUGGAUUCGGCUACGUGUACUUCCCCUCGAUCCAUGCAGCGGAAAUGGCGCUGGACGCCUUGCAAGGGACCCGUGUCGAUGGCCACUCUAUCAACCUCGAGUUCAGUGACCACAUACCUAUCGCUGGCCUUGGUACAGCUCAUCACACUGGAGAGGGGUCUCAUCACUCCGUCUCUCCUGGAUUUACCCGGAAUCAUACUGAUGGAGGGCCAGACCUCCCUUCGGUUGACGAUAGAAGGCCGGCUCCGUUGGCCGUAGCAGAUCUAUGCUCCGGUGACAUCCGUCGCUCAGGCGGUCAGGCGAUUACAACAGGGGACAGGUCAGUGGGCAGUAGUACUUCGUUGGACACUGAACGUCUGAACUCGCUUUAUCCUUCACUUCUCCCAGAAAGCGCAGCUUCACGGUCUCUCAGCAACAACGGUACCACCGACCGACUUCCCGAGCUGACACGAGACCUCGACUACCGCUUCCCUCCUGUAUCUCAGCUGGACGCACGUCUCCUCGCUGAACAACGCCAGUCUAGGCCCGGAGGAGCUUGGGAGACAUCUACUCGACCGGUGAACGGGGCCACUGCCCGGAACCAUGACGGACGUACUCCUUCGUCGCACAAUUUGCCUAGCGCAUCUGCACUGGGUGUUCCCAAUGGGCGUCCAAUACCUUCGGGUUUUGCGAGAACUCCUGCUUCAGAACGCGUCGGUGCAGGUCCUUCUCAUGUCCCGAUCCCUCUCGGACGAUCAAAUACGUUCAUGAGGUACCCCCACAGACGCGAUCCUUGGGAUUCGAUCCGCCCAGAUGUGCUUUACAGUUCUGACCAGCCAUUGAGAAGACGAGCCACCGAACGCCAUUCUCCCCGAGGCCUUGGUGGUUUCCCCAGCCAGUCUGCACACAACAACCCUUCAGCUCCGCAUCUGGCCGGUGGGGUGGAAGGAAGUGGGCCCCAGCAGUCUAGGCCACAGCAGCGAAUGAUUGAUGAAUGUAUGUCCACUUUGGUCGCUCUCGGAUACGGGAGUGUGAAGGAUGGUGGUCCUCAAAGACUCGCGAUAUAUGCGGCCGCGGCGGAUGGCAAUAUCGAAGAUGCGAUUGAGAUGAUCGAAGAAGAGCGGAAAGUCUACGAACAGCAAGGAUCGCGCCUAUGA